GAAUGAGCUCGGCUAUGGCUGCCAUUCCAGUGACCGCCCGCGCAUUGGGAUUGCGGAAGAAUGCCUCGUCCACGCCGCGGCAAUCGAUCACAGGUGAUAGAUUCCUUAGAUUUCCACACAUCGAUCGCUUCGCGCUUCCCGCGAGGUCUUCAAGCGACGAGGAUCCUCCGGCUCCGCCGCAAGAAGCCUCCCCGGCCGACUCACAGAUAGAAGCGCUGGAGGCGCGGCUCAAAUCCAGGCGGCGCAAGCGGAGGAGCGAUCCAGCGGCGAGCUCGUCGGCGAGGUCCGAUCUUCCGACGCGUGAAAUCAAGCCCUGGGAUCAAAUGUCGCUGGGAGAGAAGGCGUAUGAGGUCUAUGUUGGUGAGAAGGGGAUUCUCUUCUGGCUCAACAAGCUCGCGUACGCAUCCAUCUUUGUAAUCGCUGGAGGAUGGAUUGUUUUUAGAUUUGUUGGGCCGGCUUUGGGGUGGUACCAGCUUGACAAGCCGCUCUUACCUCCAGACAAGCUCUUUUCAGGCAGUGGUGACGUGAAACCACCAUCGACUUAAAAAGUGUAAGUGUAAGCUCCUGGGUGGGAUUGUCUUUUUUUCUACCUUUUGUCUGCCUCACCACAAUUGCGUUGUGUUGCUGCUCGUCUGGUUUUCCUUUAAAUACUUCGUACUA